UCGUAUCGACGGUUGUUGUUUUUCUUUUCUUUUCCUUUUUUUUUAUUAAUAGUCUAAUAGAGUUAUCAGUUAAGACAACAAAAUAUAAAGAUGAACAAAGUACAAACUUUCAGUACCUAAACUUUGACAAUGAUCUCUUAUAAUAUAGUAAUAUGGCAUAAUAAUUACGGUUUAUGUCGUUUAUGAUGGUUAAUAAUUACAAAAACCGAAAUACCAAUCAUUGGGUAUGUUGUUAAGUUUAAUAGUUUUCGAAUUUAAUUUUAAAACGAGUUCUCUGUGUGGUACUCAACACAAAAUAUGCUGGGAUGAUAAGCUUAAUCAAAUACUGUAGUUUCUAAUUUAGAAUCUAAUCUACAGUAUUUGGCUUAGUUAAUGAAGUUUAAAGAUUAUCAAUGUAAUUUAACUGUUAACUGUCAAAUAGCUGACAUGUCUUUUUUGCCAGAGAAAGAACCUUUAAAGUUUGAUAUAAAUCUUUGUGGAGCUCCCGAAGAGAUUGUUCACUUAGUGGAUAAUAUUAAAAAAGUGGGGGAACAAUUUUUAUAUCAUUGGAAAACAUUUCCAAUUAUUUUACCACCAACAGCAAUUACAACAAAAUGUCCAAUAAAUGGAAAUGAUUCAACAUAUGGGCCAGGUGCAGAUUCAAACUGUACUUUGGCUCGGCGAACCAUGACAUCUAUUCGUUCAAUCAAUUGUCGAGACUUAUUUAUACCACCRUCUUUUGAUGAAUUGGAUGCAGUGGCUGUAAAUACCAAAGGUGAACCUAGGCAUCUAAACUCCAAACAACUAGAAUCUUUGCGCGAACGUGGUCUGGACAAGGAUAUACAUGGAAAGCCAAAGAAGCUGAAUUCAAAACAAUUGGAUACUAUACGUAAACUAGGGGAAUUUGAAGUGGCUAGUAUUAAUUUUGUUGGUCAAACACAUAAAUGGAGAUUAACAGAAUGGUUACAAAAAGGAACAGAAAGAAAUCGGGAAACACUACUAGAUGAUUUAGCAUUUGCUUUACAAUUUCUGUUAGUGACUGCAAGAGCUAGGUUGUUUUCACAUUUUUUUAGCAUUGCAGAAUCUUUAAAGGCUAUACUGACGGGUGUGAUUAAAUUAAUUGAUAUAAUAUUUGGAGUACCUUCUUUACAAGCACAUAAUUUACCAGAAAAAAUUAGAGAAGAACGAUGUCGUUAUUUGGUUGCUGAAUUAAUUUGUCGACCAGAAUUAGAGCAUGCCUUGGAACAUUUAAUAAGUUUUGUUCGGAAACAGUUACGAAGAGCCGCUACUGAAAAAUUUGAACCAUCAAAAGAAGCAAUGUGUCCUCAGAUUCCUAUUCCUUAUCAAUUUUUGACUCCAAAACGUGAAGAAAUUGAUUUGAGGCUUUUUGAUAGAGAUAUAAUGAAAAAAGCAUUACCUGUGAUAAUGGGGUUGUUAGAACGUGAAACACGAGGUUGGUUUCUACAUUUUAGAGAAAAACUUAUUUAUGAAUUAAAAACACAAAAGUUAUCUGAUGAAGAGAUUGAAAAAUCAGUUAAUGAAGCUGUAAUGAAAGAGUACUUGCAACGCGUUUACAAAAGUAUACUGAAUAAUGUAGAACUGCAGAUGUUAGGUGAUGGAAUUCCUAAACUUUUGAUCAACCAAGCACAAUGCAUUGUUCUUAUGCAUCGAGCUGUUGAAAAUGUUCAAAAGAAAAUAAUUAAACAAAAAAAUACAUUAUCUCAAAGAAUGCAAUAUACUUAUCCUGUUUUAUCACGUAUUGGACCAUGGAUGAGAGAUAAGCAAACCAUUGCUGAGGAAAAAUUUAUUCAAGAAUGUCAAUGGAGUGCUCACGAAGAAGCAUUAACUCUUUGUAAAGAAUACAAAUUACAUCAAGCUGUCUAUUUUUUACAAAGGGAUUUAGUUUUUAUGAGAGAAAGGGAACCUGUUUUGUCAAAAGAACUUAAAGCUGUUAAAAUUCCAACUAGAACUUUUCAUUGGUUAACACAAAUUUGGCUUCCAAAAAAUUGGAUUGUACGAAGAUCGUUCCAAGGUCAAUCAGAAACUAUACCAACUGUAUUAAGUACAACAGCAACAGCUAUAACAACACCUAGGUCUAAUCCCAGCCAAGCUGUAUUUUUGGUGGAAAAAGAAAUAACCCAUACUACCACAACUAGAUGGCCAUUUUGGAGAAUUAUUAACUUCCUAUAUCGAACUUGGACAUGGACAUGGAAUGCCAUGUUUUUCUUUGGUGUGGUGAUACCGUGGUGCAGUCCUGUAAGUGUACGUUCUUUGUUUUAUUCAGAAUCUUUUUAUCCAGAUUUAGAAUUAUCCCAAGUGAAUGGCACAUUAUUUCCUAGAAAAUCCUCACUUACUUCAACGCUCCUAUCUAGAUUAAAUUUACUUUGGCGGCACAUAUCAAAGAGUCGAACUCAUUUUGAAACAAAACCUGAUACAGGAUUUAUUGGCAAAGGAAUGACAAGACAUUUAAAUCGAACAUGGAACUAUGUUAUCAAAGGAAUAUUGGGCACUUUAGCUAUGUUAAUUAUAUUUCCCAUUAUAUGUCUUUCUGCAAGUUUUGGAAGUCUGGUGGUGGCUUUAACUGGUCCAUUAUGGAUGCCUUUAGUAACAUUUUUAUUACAUGCGUUCAAUGGUUUAAUUUAUGAUUUGGACUCGCCAGCUGAAUGGAAAAAUAGAUAUUUUGUUGUAAUUGAAGCCGUUGUUUGGAAUAUGAUUUUUCAAGGAAUUUUACAACCAUUGAUUGCGUGUUUAAUUGCUUUUAUAUUAUGUCCAAUAAUAACAGUAAUUUUAUUCAUCGUUGCUCUGCUGAGAUAUUGGUUUCGUUUAGUAUGGGAUAGUAUUAUAUACCAUUUAGUAAUAAAAAAACGUGGACGAAUACCAGCAUGUGAUAGUUUCAUUGUUAAACGUGUGGCUGGUCCUGGUAUGGCAUCGGAUUAUUACUUUCAAAUUCGUCCUGAACAAGCUUUGGCUGCUUUAGAGGCUAAAAUGGAGUUGGAUGAACUUAAUGCAUAUCAAAAUCUUAUGGAGCAAAAAAUUCUACAACCACAAAAAGAUUUUGCACGCUUUGUUGAUGUAUGUUUUGGACCAUUUAGUGCACAUCUAGCCAAAAAUGGAACUUAUCGAAUACUGGAGAAAGAAGCACAAGAUUUGAUGACAGCACUUCAAGAUAAAUUGGAAAGAAGAUUACGAGAACUUCAAUCUGGUUUAUCAACAACUCUAAAAUCGAAAAUUAGAUUGACUUCAAAAGAUCUUAAAGUUACUGUUGCUUUAGCAUCAAAAAUGUUGGAAUAUUGGUAUCCACAACAUGUUAUACAAAAGUUGUCUAUUAGUGAAGAAGAAUUUUGGGAAUCUAAAGGACUUUCAAUAAAUGAUUGGUCUGCUCUUGCUGUUGUAUUUCUGACAGAUAUAUUCAGUUUAGAUUUUCUUACACCAUUAGAUGAUACAGAUACUAAGUUUAAAUUAGAGRCUGAACCAAGUGUAGAUUUAUCGCGAUUUUAUAAUGCUGUUCAAAGUAUUAAUAUUGAUGGCCAGUGCUCAGAAAUGUUGGGUCCAUUAUAUUCGUCACGUGGAAAUAUCCAAAUACAAUCACCAUACUUAGAAAUUUCAGCUUUUAAUCCUCGCUCAAAAUUAUUACACUGCAAAUUCAAAAAAAUAGAUAGUGCUUGCAAUAGUAUUACGUACACAAUGUUAUUAGGCGGUCGUUUUAAAACUGGUACACGCAGACACAAAGCAUACAUGAGAACAAAUUCUAUCCCAUCUCAACGUAACAAAUCUCGGCCGUGGAAACGGACACAACAGUCAUACAUGGCAGAUAAAAUGUGCAUACCGUUACCUGUUCCUCAUCCAGCCCAUAUAGCUUUAAUAAUAUAUAACCGGGAUUCUGAAUCUCCAAUUCCUUUAGAAUCUGAAAAUUGCAUUGGAAUUUUAAGGGCCUUAGAAGAUCGAACAUCUAAUCCUACUUCAACUGAUUAUAUUCCGGCUAGUAGUUUUGAUAGUGCAGAUUCUCGUAGUUCACUGACGUCAGAAAGUGUAGAACCAGAAGAGCAAAAUGUUAAUGUAUAUAACUGGCAACGUGAUGAUUGGAUGCUGCGAACACGUCAGACUGGAGCUGUAAGGGUAGAACUGGCAUCACCUGAAGACAUAAGUCUUGAUUCUGAGUCUACAAGAGUCGUAUUUGGUACCUUAGGAACAACUGUAUGACUGWGUUAGUUUGUACAUUWAUGAAUUGAUUCCAUGACAAAUAAAGAACAAUAAAAAUAAGUACUUCUAUUAUUUUAAAAUAAACACCAAAUAGUUUAUSAUAUUGA